AUGUCAGCCUGCUUCAAAACCAAAAACGUCUCGAAGUUGACGGGGGUUAAGCGGUCUCGGAUCGAGCGCAGACACUCCACUACGACCCGAGGGCGGUUAGAGAAGACAAGUGUAGAGAAACGGACCGGCAGUACAAGCAGCCCUGGUGGGCAUGUAAAAAGUCGACAGAUAGUGGGCUCAAUCAAGACGACCAGCAAGGGCAAAGUGUACCUGGCGAAGAAGGAGAAGACGAAGAGAUAG